UCAGAUUAUCCAGUGGCAGUUUUCGGUGGACGGAAGUCUUUUGUACUGAGUACUACAAGCUGGGCUGGUGCCAAAAAUUCUUUUCUCGGAAUAGCUUAUCUGGUGGUUGGAUCGCUUUCGAUCUUCCUUGGUAUUAUUUUUAUUGGGAUUCAUAUUAAAUUUGGCCAUUCAGUGAACGAGUUGAGUCAAGUUGGCACUACACACUAG